CCAGAACGGUUUAGAAAGCAAGGUGGAGGAGAGAAAAGAAUCACCUGAGAUUCUCCGACGGAGGAGGUUGAGGUUGUCUUUCUCUACGCACGAACCCUAAACCCUCUUCUAGCCAUUUCCUCCAUAUUCAGGCACUCAAAAAGUCUUUUUGAAUUAGUUCGAGGUUUUAGCUUAACCUUUGGAGGCGCCAAAGUCAUGCUCUUCCACAGGCUAUCAAGAAUAGCUUCUCGCAUUGUCAAAGAGCUUCCAAGAGAGAGCCAUUUCUCAAUAUGUGGAAGGCGGUUUCUACAAAGGUCUUAUGGCCAAUAUCUGCAAUCUUCGGUUAGUCUGAGCUUUGUUCUCAGUUUAUUGCACCUUGAAUUCUUCAUAUGCUUCUUACUAGUCUGCUCUGCGAAUGUCGUGAAAUGGAUUAGCUAUUUAGAGUUGAUGCUAUCAAUAAUUGUGAUCAAAAGUGAAUUAGCUUCGAAAUCGCUUCAUGUUCUUCUUAUGCCUUAUCUUGAUUUGAAAUCUCUGCUCUUCCUUCUUUUUGACAAGGCUGUACUAGAGAGGCAAACUAGGACAUUUCAGGAAGCCUUAUUGUCGAAUAGUCAUAAGUUUUGUACAUCUUUCAGCACUGCCUCUGAAAAAGGAUGCGAAGAAACAGAAAAGAUAAACGUUAUCUUUGUUGAUAAAGAUGGAGAGGAGAUUCAUGUCAAGGUCCCAAUUGGAAUGAACAUCCUUGAAGCUGCUCAUCAAAAUGAUAUAGAACUCGAAGGCACCAUUUUCUUCCACUUCUUCUUUGUUUUUGCUUUGUUUUGGGCGUGUGAGGGUUCUCUAGCGUGUUCAACGUGCCACGUGAUUGUUAUGGACACGGAGUACUACAACAAACUCGAAGAACCAACAGAUGAAGAGAACGAUAUGCUGGAUCUUGCUUUCGGGUUAACAGAAACGUCAGUUCUCUCUCUGUCUUAUGCUUUAAAUGGCGUUUCAGUGAAAAACAUUUGAUAUGUUUCACUGAAAAUGAUGUUUGUAGGUCGAGAUUGGGAUGUCAAGUCAUAGCAAAAGCAGAGCUAGAUGGAGUACGCUUAGCCAUUCCUUCAGCCACUAGGAAUUUCGCAGUUGAUGGGUUCGUUCCAAAACCUCACUAGCCCACUUCAAAGUCGCUCGCAGCAGAACUAGUUGAGUUAUGAGUUUUCGAGUUUACACUUGUUUAUUAUCCGAGAAACCAUAUUACAUAAAAGCUUAGUGAGUUAUAUAUGCUGUAAUUCGUCUUUGUACUUAAGACAUUACCACAGAGAAAACUUAUUGGAGCCUCCUCAUAAUAAUUGCAACUGAAACGAUAUGGUAGCUCUGCUUUCAUUGCUAUCCCUUUGUUCACCACAAGCACAUCCCCUUGUGGCCUGAACUCAAGACAAG